UACUAUAAAUUCUAGAGUCAAAAUCAUUUGCCCUUCAGCUUUUUCAUCGAAUAGGAUUUAUUGAAUUGACUGGAGUUAUCACGCAAAUUUUGAAUUAUUUGUGAUGGUUUAUUUGUAGAAUUAGUAAGAUGCUGCUCAAUAAGAAGAUUGUAGCUGUAGUUAUACUGAUAUGUGUCGUUUGCCUGACAACUUCUCAAGAUUGUCCAAAGAAUGAGGCCGCUGCUAUAGCAGACGAUCCGACCAGACUGUGCAGAAAAGAAUGUUCAACUGAUGCGGAUUGUACAGGCACCAAGUCUUGCCUGUGUGAUGAUCUGUGCGGAAAGUCUUGUUAUAACCCUGAUUAUGAAUGUCCUGACUUAACCGGCACCUUGACUAAUGGAAUAGUAUCGAUGCCAGAUGGCCGCAAAUAUGGCGCUAAGGCCAAGCAUACUUGCGGUAAUGGAUAUUACAGAGUAGGGGAAGAGAAAAGAAUUUGUAGAUCUACAGGGAAAUGGAGCCACGUUCAAACUAAUUGCACAAGGGGCUGUGAUCUACUUCCAACCAUCAGUGGCGCCUAUGCUGACACAGAUCCAGACAUCCUCGGCUAUCAACCUGGGGAAACGGUGACGUACGCUUGCAACACAGGUUACGAGGGGGCAGGAGAUUUUACUGUAACUUGUCUAUCUGAAUAUGAGUGGUCAACUGUCAAUUUUUAUUGCCAAAGAAAGAGUUGUGGAGCCCCUGAAACAAUUUCUAACGGUGCAUUCACAGGAACGAGUUUCUUAUUCGGCGAUUUUAUUAUUUAUUAUUGUAACACAGGAUAUGUCAUCUCAGGCACAGCGGUUCGGGAAUGCAUGGCUGAUGCAGUAUGGGAACCUGAGGAAGCCCCGCCAUCUUGCAAUAUCGAUAUUGAAUGUGAUUUUGAGAGGGCAGCCACCCCUACAUGCGGCUACACGGUUGAGAGUGGAACAUUUGCUAGAACAUACAGAGAUGCGGACGGUUCUGGCUUCCCAGGUUUUGUACUUGCUGGUAAUGGUAAAAUCCUAUCUGGGGCCAUAGGUUUGGCUGGCAAUGAGGAACUAUGCAUGAGUGUCGACAUAAAAGAUACAUCAAAUGGCGAACUGGUAGCUAACGCAUACAAUGAAGCAGAAACGAAAGCAAUCUGGCCAUUUUCUGCCUCAACCAAUUGGAAAACUGAGAAAUUCAAGUUAAAGAAAGUAAAGUCUACUGAUACUGAGGUACAACUGGAACUUGUGGCAUCAGGGAAUGUGGAAUUGGACAAUAUCAGGACAUUGGCCUCUGCGGACUGUAAUGGUCUAGGUACCGCUUCGCCAUGUGCUGAACAAAAUCUCGAUCACGGAACAAUAUCUCCAGAGAAGGACUUUUACAUUAUGGAUGAGGAGGUCAGUUACUCUUGCGACAAUGGUUACACUUUGGAAGGUGGACAGACAGGAACAUGCAAACAUGAUGGUACUUGGACUACAACACCAUUUUGCAAAUCAAUCGAUAUUGAAUGUGAUUUUGAGAGCGCAGCUACCCCUACAUGUGGCUACACGAUUGAGAGUGGAACAUUUGCUAGAACAUACAGAGAUGCGGACAGUACGGGCUUCCCAGGUUUUGUACUUGCUGGUAACGGUAAAAUCCUAUCUGGGGCCAUAGGUUUGGCUGGCAAUGAGGAACUAUGCAUGAGUGUCGACAUAAAAGAUACAUCAAAUGGCGAACUGGUAGCUAACGCAUACAAUGAAGCAGAAACGAAAGCAAUCUGGCGAUUUUCUGCCUCAAUCAAUUGGAAAACAGAGAAAUUCAAGUUAAAGAAAGUAAAGUCUACUGAUACUGAGGUACAACUGGAACUUGUGGCAUCAGGGAAUGUGGAAUUGGACAAUAUCAAGACAUUGGCCUCUGCGGACUGUAAUGGUCUAGCCACGCCAUGUGCGAAACAAAAUCUCGAUCACGGAAAAAUUUCUCCCGAGAAGGACUUGUACAUCAUGGUUGAGGAGGUCAGUUACACUUGCGACAAUGGUUACAUUUUGGAAGGUGGACAGACAGGAACAUGCAAACAGGACGGUUCUUGGACUACGACACCAUUUUGCAAAUAAAACCCGUGACGUCACUCAGACAGAUUCAUUUAUACAUCGAUUAUGAAGAUUUCGCAAACUUAUCUUUUUAUACAUGUCCACCAGACUUUCUUACAUCAGAGAAUAGCGAAUACUCGUCCUACCUGGAAAAUGAAAGGAUUUAUUUAUGAGAUUCUGAUCUAACGAAACGUUUGUCUGGUUGUAUUUUGUUCCUCUAGUCUAGAUCUAUCAUCAUUAUACUAUUCAUUCAUACAAUGGUAUUUAAGUUACUCAAAUACGGGAAUUGAUCCUAAAGAUUUCGCAAACGUUUACCUUUCCAUACAUGUCCUCCCCACCUUCUUACAUGAGGGAAUGGGGAAUACUCGUCCUACCCGGAAAAUGCAAGGAAUUAUUUGU